GCCCUUCACUCACCGGGCAACACAUCUGCCUCUUGUGUGUCUGCAUACCGCCAAUUACCAAGCUUCUCUGCCCCUUAACCCCGGCCCUUCCUUCGCUACCACAGCAAUGGGUAGCCUCGGCGACAUUACUCUCGAAAACAACAAUGUCAUGUGCCCGCCGAACCCCCUCGACCCCGAGGAGUUCCGCCGGCAGGGCCACAUGAUGGUCGACUUCAUCGCCGACUACUACCACGACGUUGAUAAGUACCCUGUCCUCAGCCAGGUCUCCCCUGGCUAUCUCCGUGACCGACUCCCGGACUCGGCCCCCAACCACGCUGAGCCCAUCGAGGCGAUCCUUCAAGACGUCCGCAACCACAUUGUCCCCGGCAUCACUCACUGGCAGAGCCCCAACUACUUCGCCUACUUUCCCUCCAGUGGCAGCGUCGCCGGCUUCUUGGGAGAGAUGCUCAGCGUCGGCUUCAAUGUCGUCGGCUUCAACUGGAUGUCGUCCCCCGCGGCCACCGAGCUCGAGACCAUCGUCAUGGACUGGUUGGGCAAGAUGCUCAACCUUCCUAAGCCCUUCCUCUUCUCUGGUGGCGGCGGCGGCGUGCUCCAAGGAACCACCUGCGAGGGCAUCCUCUGCACCGUGACCGCCGCCCGGGACAAGGUGCUGAACAAGAUCGGCAGGGAUCGAAUUGGUGACCUGGUGGUCUACUGCUCUGAUCAGACGCACUGCGCUCUCAAGAAGGCGGCGCAGAUCGCCGGCAUUCACCCGGACAACAUCCGCGCUCUGCCGACUCACCAGCGCGACGCGUUCGGGCUGUGCCCCGAGACCCUGGGAGCCGCUCUGGCGGCCGACGUCUCGGAGGGGCUGGUGCCUCUGUACCUGUGCUCAACUGUGGGCACGACCUCGUCGACGGCGGUUGAUCCGCUCCGGGCGCUGUGCGAGGUGGCAGCGGAGUACGACAUCUGGGUGCAUGUGGACGCGGCCUAUGCUGGGAGCGCGUGCAUCUGCCCAGAGUUCCGCCACUUCAUCGACGGCGUGGAGAGCGCCAGCUCCUUCAGCUUCAACGCCCACAAGUGGUUCUUCACCACAUUGGACUGUUGCUGCCUGUGGGUGAAGGAGCCGCAACACCUGGUGAACGCCCUCUCCACCAACCCCGAGUACUUGAGGAACAAAGCCACGGAGUCGAAGAAGGUAGUGGACUUCAAGGACUGGCAAAUCGCACUCAGCCGCCGCUUCCGAGCACUGAAGCUGUGGAUGGUGCUGCGGAGCUACGGGGUGGCCAACCUCAGGAACUUCAUAAGGAGCCACGUGAACAUGGCCGAGCUGUUCGAGGGGUUCGUGGCCAAGGACGAGAGGUUUGAGGUGGCGGUGCCCAGAAACUUCGCCAUGGUGUGCUUCCGGCUGCUGCCACCCCUCGGCAGCCGCUCCACCAGGGACGGUGGAUUGGAGACGGCAAACGCGAUCAACAAGAGGUUGCUCGACGCGGUGAACGCGACCGGGAAGAUAUACAUGACCCAUGCAGUGGUGGGCGGAGUCUACAUAAUCCGGUUCGCCGUCGGCGCGUCGCUCACGGAGGAGCGGCAUGUGCGGUCGGCGUGGUCGGUGGUGCAAGAGCAAGCGGAGGCUCUGCUGGCGGAGCUCGUGGUGCAAGCAGCGCUGCAAGAGAAAGCAGAGACCGGGCUGACGGAGUUCAAUCUGCAUUCAUCGAUGCAAGAGCAAGCAGGUCAGGCGGUGCACGGUUGAUGCCUCAGUUUUCACUGCAGGAGAUGCUACCAAGGAAGGAUAUUAGAGCCAAGAAGAAGAAGUCGUCGUCGUCCGGAAUAAGGAUACAAGCGUUCUUUCUUCUCUCUUUUCGGGUCUUAUUAUUAUUAUUAUUAUUAUUAUUGUUAUUAUUUUUCCCUUCAUUCUCAGAGUGAUUGAAUUAUGUAAUUGAAUGUAAGUCAUGAUCAUAUCAGCUCAUCUUCUAAGAACAACUGCAUGUAACUCAUGGAAGAUUAGUUACUUGUUCAGAACGCAAAUGUAAGCUUA